UAAACUUAACAUAGAUUGAAAAAAGUUGACAAAAAUUUAUAAACGUAAUGGCGAUAAAAGGAAUACAUUGAAAUAAUUUUAUUGGUUAAAAUCGAAUUGUAUUCCUGUAGCCACGUUAAAGUUAAAAACUAACACAUAUAAUUGAAAUUCACCGAACAUUUCUAUCCGAAAUGGCGGACACUGUUCAAAUAUUGAGGCGAAAUCGACCCGGUUCAAAAGCUAAGGACUUUUGUCGUUGGCCUGAUGAGCCUUUUGAAGAAAUGGACAGCACCCUUGCUGUGCAGCAAUUCAUACAACAAACUAUCCGCCGUGAUCCAUCGAAUUUAGAAGCUAUACUGAAAAUGCCUGAAGCUCAAGAUGAAGGCGUUUGGAAAUAUGAACAUUUAAGACAAUUUUGUAUGGAACUGAAUGGUUUGGCAGUCAAGUUACAAGCAGAAUGUAAACCAGAAACUUGUACACAAAUGACUGCUACAGAACAAUGGAUAUUCUUAUGUGCUGCUCAUAAGACACCAAAAGAAUGCCCUGCAAUUGACUACACAAGACACACCCUUGACGGAGCUGCCUGCUUACUUAACAGCAACAAAUACUUUCCAAGCAGAGUAAGCAUCAAAGAAUCUUCAGUAGCAAAAUUGGGUUCAGUUUGCAGGAGAGUAUACAGAAUAUUUUCUCAUGCCUAUUUCCACCACAGAGCAAUAUUUGACGCUUUUGAGAAGGAAACUCACUUGUGCAAGAGAUUUACAUAUUUUGUUACCAAGUACUCAAUCAUUUCUAAGGAAAUUUUGAUCCUGCCGAAACUGGAUGACGAAACACCUGUUGGUGAAUCAGAAGCAUGAGGUUUAAAGAAGUAAUUUGAUUCAUAAAUUAUGAGUCAAAUUAAAUACAUAGACAUUACUGAUGGUUGUGCUCACAUUGACAUGUGAUGAUAACUGAGGUAGUAAAACUAAAAGUUGAACUCUUACCAGUAAUAGGGUUAAAAUUUUUAAAUUCCUUAUACUGUGUCUCUUAUUGUUAAAAUAUGUAUUUAAAACAGAUAACUAUCCUUAUAUACCUAAUUGAAUGUCUGUAAAGUUAACAAUGAGAUGUGUGUAAUUGCAUUUACCGCUGAUAUUUAUAGACGUCUAAAACUAUGUGUAAUCUUAUUGUAAACUGUAGUAACUAGUAUUAAAUUAUGUAUAUGGACUUAGAUCAUGUUUAGAAACUUACAUUACAUUAAUAUAAUGCUCUCAAAUAUUAGAAUGUGUAAUAUUUCAUGUGUCAAGUAUAUCUACAUGUUAUUUAUAUUUUGUCAUUGAUAUACAGAAAUAAGAACUGUAUUUGUAUAUCAAUGAAUGUAGUUCUAAGAAAAAUUGUGAGUUCAUUUGUAAUCUCUCAAAUCUUAAUUGCUAUACACAAUAAAACAAGUAAGUUUAAAAUGUA